CUUACAAACGUCAAGAUUAUUAAACAUAUCCAGAAAAUGUUUGGCGCGCGUAAAAUAAGAUUAUAUGUGGAAACGUAAGCUGACAAUAACAUAGCCUUCUAUAAUGGAUUCUAAUUUAGGUCGUGGAUUUUAUGAGGUUUAUAAUUCCUCGAAAGAAAUACUAAAAAAUAACCAGAAACACUUGUAUUGUAAUAUGUUGGAUCUGCUUGCCAACACGAGUAAAAGUACUCCUUCUUCUGUAAUUGGAAAGAUUUUACCCGAGGAUGAUUUAGUUCGUUUUUGGGUAGAAGAUAUACUCCCGUUGGUUUUCGAUGCCAACUCAUCAGUGCAGGGGAGUGCUGUAUCAGCUUUGGAACAAGGUUUAUUAACUUUAGAAAUUGGAAAUAUUCCAAAUUGCGCUUGUUGGAAUAAUGUAAAAAGUGUAAUUGUGAAAGAAUUAACUCCACGAGUGCACCAACUUCGAGAAGACCGAAAUCAAUAUUGGCAUCGAAUUUGGUGUAUACUUGUUCGUUUGUUGGAUCGUGAAAUCUUAAAGAGUGCUAGCACUAUAAAUUUGUUUUUAUCAAUUGUUGAGCUUGGAUUUCGUAGUUCAGAUAAUUCUGUAAGAGCAGAAGCGUUUACGUGUUGGCAUCUUCUUAUUCAAAUAUUUGCUAAUCAUAAUCAGUUAACAUCGCCCAAACGGUUAAAACUCGUUUGUAUUCCUCUAAAAUCUUCACAGUCUAAAACACCCUAUGUCGCCGCAGUAAAAUUACGUAUUUGGUGGUAUUUGAUAACAUGUUUGGGUCCUCAAAGUGAAGAUAACUUUGAGAAUGUUGUGGAAGCAUUUUUAAUAUUUUGCUAUGGCUCGCCAUCAAAAAGCAAUCUAGGCAUAGCCCAGCAAUACAUUUCCGUACGAGAAUUGGCUUUGACGUGCUUAGCAGCAAUACUAUGUAAUCCACAGGAUGAAUUUGUACAAAGAUUAUUGCGAGAAUACGAAUUAGAAACUUUUGGUCAAAGUACGCCAUUGAUAACUUCAAAUAUUGUAGCGAAUCAUUGGAAAUCUAUAUUUUAUGCUGUUUUGGAAGCUUCAAACUUACUUGUCGACAGUGAAAAUCGUAGUGAUAUUGAACAGCGACUACUAAAUAUUCUGACAAAAAAUUCCACUCGCAUAAUGAUUAAUAACGAUGAUGGUGAAUCAUACGAGUACUAUUGUUUUGGCUUAAUGCAAAUGAUGGCGAAAAGUAAUCGUCCCUUAACAAUAGCAGCUAACGUAAUUGCAACUGAAGGACUUCGCUUAUCACGUUCGAUUUUGGAUUUUGAGAAUUACAUAAAAAUAAUACAAUAUUUGGUAAAAUUUUUAACGUCCGGAAGAGAUUAUAUAUUUCCUAAUAUUAUUCAACAAUGCGCUUCUAAAAUAUCUAAUUUAGAUGUAUUUCUACCUAAACAACUUUGUUCGCGUGCUGUGGAGGCUUUAGCUGAUUAUUUCAUCAGUACACCAAAUGAUGAAGGUUUUGAAUAUUUUGAAGUAAAAUUUCUUAUGUGGCGUAAUAUCUCAUCGGAAAUGGAAAAUUUGAUAAGACACAACUCUUUUGGACGCUCUGCAGAAGAGUUCGUUAAUACAUUAAUAUCAUGGAGUUUAUGGCCCUUACGCAUGGUUAUAGAAUUUACUGGACAUCGCAAUAAUUCUAUUUUUGAUGAACAGUUUUAUUUUCUUUGGCAUAAUUUGAUACAACUUACGGAAAACACUACUGCUAGAUCACAACAUUUGACGGAAAUAGCGAAAGUUCUAGAAGAAAUUUUAGAUUCUGGUUAUGAAUCUGAAGUUUUUAUUAAUCUAUUUAAUGCAUAUACAGAUGAAAUGAUUAAACACGACUGCAACAGUUAUUCGACACAAUUUGAACAGUUAUUUGCUCUUCUACGUAAAGUGUUUCAAAAACAAAUAACAAAAAGGGAAAAGGAAAAGUUGCUUACAAUAUUGCGAUGUGUUCUUCACGGUUUAAAAUUACCUGAAAAUUGUUCCCUGAUUGAGUCAAUUAAAGGUACACUUAAAGAUGUUAUAAAAAAAUCGUCAAAAGAUGGUGUAGAUUCAAAGUUUUAUGAGGAGUGGAAGAACUCUGUUAUAAAUAUAACACGAGGUUGCAUGAGCAAAAAUUUCGCAACUCAGGUUUUAGACUUAUUUAAAGAUGAUGUGUAUGUCAUUAUACCAUCGGUGUGGAGCCUAAAGCCGGAAAAAUUGACAGAUAGACAAAAGGAGCGCAUAGCCGAAAAAACGAGUAUACCAGCAUUAUAUAACGAUAUGAGUCAGUCACAGGAUUCCUUGAUACAACCUUGGACACCCAAAAAAAUAGUUAUAGCUAAAGAGGAUCAAAGCGAAAUUGUUAUAGAAGAUCCGUAUAUGCGACAAAAGCAAAAUAUAGAAAACAAUACAUUUCGAGUACCGAAUUCUAGUUUGGAUCCAAAGCAUCGGAAUAUUGAUUCAAUAUUUUUAACGCAAUCCAAUAGCAAAAUCAAAAAUAAUUUUGAAAAUCUUCCUAACAGCACAACGGAUAAAUGUAUUGAACGAUCCGUUACAGAUAUUCAAAAAGUAAAUUCACCAUCACUUCAACCAAUUGAGUUAGGCAACAUUGAUAAUAAACAGGUUAGCGAAAUCACCGAGGAAGUUUUGACCAUAAAUAAUGUGAAUCCAAAUUUGUCGAAUAUAAUAAAUCAUGAAUCAAAAGAGUGUCUAGCACAAUCUCAAAAAAGUGCGCUCGAGGAAAUAUCAAAGUCGCAAGCAAAUUACACGGAGCAAGAUCACCGUAUAGACUCCGUAGAGAGUAAUAACGCUGAAUUGACAAAUCAUUGUUAUGGAGCAGACGCAGUGAAGGAAAUUUCACCUAAACAAACAGUAACUAAAAACUCUCUAUUAUUAUCACCGCCUGAUCGCAAACUAACGAAUAAUAACACUAGCCCCAAGUUACGCCCUAAGCCACCAGCACACCUUACGGGAAGAGGUGCGCAAUUAAUAAACAUGAUACGCAAUAGAAAAAUAGAAGUACAAUCACCGCAAACACCGAUGCCAAGAUUAUUUGUAGCUAAAAAUGACAGUAUAGAUCGUACAGCUUCGGAUUUGGAAAUGGUUGGCGUCGAGAAUUCAUCAACACCACUACAUAACAAAGAUAUUUUAACGUUCUCUAAAAGGCUGCCUUCUCCAUCCGCCAGCCCUUCAACAAGUAUUUUGAAGAGAAAUAUUCGUAGGGAAAGUCUCGAAGAUAUCACAUUUGAGUCACCAGCAUGUAAAAAGAAGAGAGUUAGUUUUCAUGAUCCGCCAGUAUCAGUUACUAAGGAAUAUAUAAAACAUAAUGACGAGAACAAAACCAAGCCUAAACGCUGCCUGAAUAUGGAUAAAAUACAACCAGGUACCGAAAAAUGUCUGGAAAAUAAAUAUUCCCUUAAACGGAGAAGUAAAUUAGAUAGCAUGAUGGAGAUUGAAAAAUUUACAAUCCAACAAUCUAACAAGUCACAAGGUCAUCCGACAAAUACUGGUAUUAGCACCGACGAGUUGGAAGAUGACAACGUGUGUGGUAUGGAUCUUUCCACUGAAGAAAAUGGGACCAUUGUAAAAUUUAUUCCAGAAUAUCCUUCGGGUAGCGGUAAUCAGAAACCAACGAAAGAUAGUUCAGAUGUAGCGGUUACCGACAAUUUACUUGAAAGCGUAAUCCAAAAUCAUACUUUUGAAGAAAUAUUGCAAAAAUAUUUAGAUUGUGGCAAAGACUCAAAAUUGAAGUUCUAUGGCACAGUAGCCAAGAUGAUAUCGAGGGGUAUGAGUGAGGAUUCGAAAAUAAAAGAAACAAUUCUUGAAGCACUUUCGGAAAAUCAUUCCAAAGACUUCUUAGACCAUGCCAUAAGAGAAAACCUUGCUUCCGUCGUAUGUGAUAGACUGAAUUUACCUUCAGUUAUAGAAUAUGUCUGCGAAAAAUCCAAAAUAAAUACGUCUUGUCGAACGAAUAUUUUCUCACAAUUACCAGAUAUUCUUAAAUAUUGUAAACAAGAUGCUGAGCGCCUAAAAGUUGUACAAACAAUAUUAAGUUGCAUUAGUUUAAAGGACUCGGAUGUUUUAGAUCUGAUUAAUAUUUUGCUACGCGUACGAUCUAUGAAUAAGCCAAAUUUAGCCACUGUAUCGGAAGCAGCAAUAGAUUCUUCAUCUAACCUAUAAAAUUUAGCUUUAAUGUAUUGUUAUGUUAAAUGUUACAAGAUUAUAACACACGGUAUAAGAACAAUAUAAUUUCUUGUUUGGACCAAAAUGUAUUUGAUUAAAAGUGUGAUUAAGCAAACGUUGAUAGCGUGCUGAAUUAGUUCAUAAAAAAAUAAAUGGGUAGACUACUUUUUAUUUCGGUCUUAGAAUUGCACGUAUGCGUUUAUAUAAACGAAACGACAGUAGUUGUUCAGAUUCACUUGCCUCGUGAUGGCCGCAAAUUUCUCAAUUAGAUAUACAGUAAAGUUUAAUAUGUAUGUGAAUCAUACAAUAAUGUAUUAUUGAGUAGUAAAUAUUUGAGUCUGAAUUAGAAGGCAAGUUCGUUGCCUUGUUUACCUUUAUAUCAUGGUAUCCAGAAUAAGAUUAUACUGUUGUUGCGCGCACACCCUGUUAAUCUAUUUCAAAGGAUGGCAGUGCUUGGAGAGCCGCCUGACUAUUACUGAUGAUGGCAAUCAGUUCCUGUCCAAUAUGACCUCAGCACUUUUGCUAAUAGCAUAGACCUCAGCUUGAAAAAUACUGGGGAAUGGUCCCAUGGGCACAGUCAGCCUGAGGUGUGAUCCCGUUAACCGGACACCUAUUCCAUCUGCAGUCUUAGACCCGUCCGUGAAUGAAUAAAGUUUCAUACCUUACUACAGAAAAGCUGAAAUAUAUUUUGUAAGUUACUAUGCUCGUUUCAACGCAUAAAUUACAGAAUUAGAGAACUUCCUUAUAGAACUGUCUUUAGAAACUAAGGGCAAAUUGUCGAUUUUAGAGCAGACGAUUUUAAUGCAUGGACGAUUGCUUGGGGUAGCAUAAGUACAAACCGUCGGAGGUGUCUAAUCAUAGUAUUCCUGAGUCAAACGAAUCUUGUGAUAAUAAAUAAUACACAACACCUACCAAAUAGGAAAUAAGGGUUCUAUAUUAGUACUAAUGUUUUCUAAUGGUUUGUUCUCCAGAGUAACGAAACCCCACAGGAGAACAUCUCCAAUAUAGUCCGAUAUAUAUACUGUCGCAAUAUAUUGAUAUAGUUUUAUUAAGAAAACACACAAUUUGACCCAAUAUUCGGCAUAAAGUCCACUAUAAAAACGAAAAUCAUCAUAUAUAGUAUACGAGGGGUGGAUUUCUUAACCGAUUUCACUCAUUUUCACCACCAAUGUACACUAUAUCCAGGACUAUAAGCUCACUUACAUUGGUUAAGAUAUUUCCAAUUUUAACCGAUUUGUAACAUAUUAAACACAUCGAAUUUUUGAAAAACCUAAAAUUAGGUAUAUGGGAGGUAGGGGAAGUUUUGACCUGAUUUUAUAAAAGAAAAAUAGUUAAAUUAAAAUAAGCAAAGAAAAAUAUAAAGUGGAAAAAGCCAUUGCAAAAGCAUAAGUUUGCGAAGGAAUACAUGAGUUAUGAGUUGGACCGAUAGAAAUGUGAUUUUUCCUAACGAAAAAAAAUUAAUUUAGAAGGACCUGAUGGACUCAGUUAUUACUGGCAUGAUCUGAGCGAAAAUAAUCCCCCUAGAAUCAGCCUUAAUUUCGUGAGUUCAUCUGUAAAGAUAUGGAGUGGCUGGAUCUGAACAGAAGUAUAUUGAAAAAGUUAAUUGACUCGAUCCUGACCAGAAGUUUCCAAGUAAUUGUUAAGGAUGGAGGUGCCACUGCAUAUUAAGUGCGCAAAAAUUGAGAAUCUUCUGUGUAGACCAGAUAACUAUAUGAGUGCAUAAUUUCAUUACACAGAGUAAACUUGCUUCAAAUGCAAUAGCGGUGGCCACUCACACUUGCUAUUGCAUAGUACUUGUAUUUGUUUUACACACUUGUUUUUGAUUUUCACUGACUUACUCUGAACACUCGUCACCAGUACCGUGUACUUAAAUAUUUGCUAUUGUAUUUUUUUGUUUGCUUAAGUUUUUUGUGCGUUGCUUACUAGUAACAGCAAACUUUUUUUUUUUAUGUACGUUCCUGUUAAUUGCAACAUUUUCGCUGGACACUUCGCAAAAACAUGUGGGAAGAAACCUACAUCAGGAAGCGUAAAAAGACAUACUGUACAUACAUACAAAAUAAACCAAAUAAAAAUAAAGGAUUGACUAACAUAUACCUAGUCUGAAUAUAUGCGCUCUCUUGUACAAAGUGAAUCAAUCCGUACAUUAGUACGGUGGGUACGGCCCAUCCGUAUGGGGAGCGGCACUGUUACACAAAUCAUUAGGCGAAAAGACGAAAAGCGGAAGCAAGAAAGACAAAGAAGUGUCAGAAACGAAUGCCGAAAGGUAGAUAGACCCACACGCUAAUCAGAAACAUACAAGUAGAGCCUCUGUGUGGACACAUUGUUUUAGAGAAUACCUACACAAAUAUAUAACAAUAAAUAAAAAUAAAAAAUAUAACAAUAAUAACAAUGAAGCUGGCUGCUCUUUCUAUUGUAAUGGAAAAACGAAAACGCAUUGCACAUUGUAUUAUAUUCAAAUGUAGCAUAACAUGUUGGUGGAUUGCUUAUACUAUUAAUACCUCAUUAUAUGACAAUACUUAUUUUAAUUUGCAAUUAACCGGCUUUUUGUUCAAUAUCCAGCGUAUGUACCAUAACGAACGCAUUGCCAUCAUGUGUGACAGCCAAGCGGCACUUAGAGUGAUCACUUCGUAUAAAACAGAGUCCAGUUUUUUUAGGAAACGCGACUUAACAUUAACUGUAUCAACAUAUAACAGCGUAUACCUGGGUGCCUGGACACAAAGGGAUAGCAGGGAACGAACAUGCCGACGAAUUAGCUCGAACGGCUGCUGCACCAAAACUGCUGGGCCCAACAAAUUUUGUUUGGGACUUAGCAACCUAAUUGAGGAGCGCAACGACUCGCUUACACCUAGCACCAUUCGGGUAUUCAUCAAAGUGCUGGGACUAAUGAAGUCAAUGUAGAUAUCGGAAGAGCAAAAUAGACCAUAGGUCGCAAUGUAUUCCUCUAUACUAACUCUAUUAUAUUCGAGUGUAUGAAACUUACUUAAUAUGUAAACAUUUAAAUAAUUUUUAUUUUUUUGAAAUUGUA